UAAUUGGAAUUGGCUGCGGCCUGACCUUUAGCCCUUCGUCGAAGAAAGCCUCCAUUGCUUUUCCGAUAAGCGCUCUUCACUGCGUCUCCCAAGCUUGCUAUCAUCAUCUCUUCCGCCUCGUUUCCUAGGGUUCAAAUCUGAUUUUAUGCUCUCAUAGCUCUCUGUAAUGGCUCAGGACAUUAAUUGCUCCCAGAAUCAAGAAUUGAUCGGCUCCUACUUCCUAGAACUCUGGCGGCUCAACUCCAAAGCCGCCGCCGCCAGAUUCGAAUCCGCCGGGGAAGCCAUGGAAGCAGUGCAGUCCUCGGAUGUAGUGGAGGGUGAUGAGGAGGAAAGGGAGGAGCCGCCGACGGAGCUCGACACGCUCAACAGCUCCGGCGGGUUCUCCGUCGUCGGGCCCGACAAGCUCUCGGUUCAGUACCCGAACGUGAACCUCCACGGCCACGAUGUCGGCGUCGUCCAGGCCAAUCGGCCCGCCCCUUCCAAGCGCCUCGUUUACUAUUUCGAGAUCUAUGUCAAGAAUGCUGGAGCCAAGGGUCAGAUUGCCAUCGGUUUCACCACUUCCGGCUUCAAAAUGUGCCGCCAACCGGGCUGGGAAGCAAACAGUUAUGGGUAUCAUGGUGAUGAUGGCUUGCUUUAUCGUGGACAUGGAAAGGGGGAGGUAUUUGGUCCAACUUAUACAACAGGUGAUACUGUUGGUGGAGGCAUCAAUUAUGCAGCACAGGAACUCUUUUUCACGAAAAACGGGGCAGUAGUAGGAACAGUUUGCAAGGAUAUUAAAGGGCCAUUAUUUCCAACCAUUGCUGUUCACAGUCAAAAUGAGGAGGUUACUGUGAACUUUGGGAAGGAUCCAUUUGUAUUCGAUCUUAAGGCAUAUGAAGCACAGGAGAGAGCCAAGCAACAAACUACAAUUGAAAAAAUAUCUAUACCCCAGAAUGCCAGUUAUGGAAUUGUUCGUUCCUACUUGCAACAUUAUGGAUACGAAGACACUCUAAAAAUGUUUGAUAUUGCAAGUAAAAGCACUGUUCCACCUAUCUCAUUUGUGCAAGAAAAUGGUUCUGAGGAGGACAACAUGUAUUCACUAAACCAUAGGAAGAUUCUUCGCCAGCUAAUUAGGAGUGGACAGGUAGAUGAUGCUUUAGCUAAACUUCGAGAUUGGUACCCUCAUAUUGUUCAGGAUGGUUCUUCAGCUAUUUGUUUUCUGCUUCAGUGCCAAAAGUUUAUUGAGUUAGCACGGGUUGGGAAGCUUGAAGAGGCAGUGAAUCAUGGUAGAAGUGAAUUUCACAAAUUUAAUAGGUUUACAGAAUUCGAAGACUUAGUUAAGGAUUGCGCUACUCUGCUGGCAUAUGAGCAACCACUAAAGUGCUCGGUUGGAUAUCUCCUAGGAGACUCUCAGCGAGAGAUUGUGGCAGAUGCAGUAAACGCAGUGAUCUUAUCGCAAAACCCUAAUGUAAAAGACGCGAGUGAUUGCUUGCAUUCUUGUCUCGAGAGGCUGCUCAGGCAACUCACGGCUUGCUUCCUGGAGAGGAGGGCGUUAAAUGGGGAUCAAGGCGAGGCCUUCCGUCUACGCAGCAUACUUUACAGUGGUAAGAAGGGUUAGCGUUUGGUGAGAUCAUCAUCCGUAUCCACCCAACCAACCAUGUAAGUCACUAGUACAGCAAAGAUUGUUCGCGGGGUGACUUUCUGUGUAAAAUAAUCGAUUCAUUUUCUUCUCCAAAAACUAGGCUUUGUUUGUUCUGUUGGCAACUUGGCAUUAGUCUCUCCACCACCCCCCACCCCAAACUUCCCAACAACCCCACAAAAGCGUCGAAUCUUGGUUGGUACUUAGUUCUAGAUGUAAUCCAGGAUUUCAUGAUCAGGGUUGAAGUUGUACAGGUUCCUUUUUUCGUAUUUAUUGCUAAAAAUUGUAACUUUGAUACUCUGGCUUCUGUUGAAUGAUUAUUUUCUUCGUUUUAUGCAACUCGAAAAA